UAUCCAAAUGAUACAACAAAUUAUACAUAUACAUGUCCAAAAUAUAAUUUUCCAAUCGUUAUAUUAUUAACACAAAUUGUAUAUGCAUUUGUAUGUGUAUUAGGUCUAUUAGGUAAUACAUUAGUGAUAUAUGUUGUUUUACGUUUUUCAAAAAUGCAAACAGUCACAAAUAUGUAUAUUGUAAAUUUAGCAAUAGCAGAUGAAUGUUUUUUAAUUGGUAUACCAUUUUUAAUAACAACAAUGAGCUUACAACGUUGGAUAUUUGGUGAAAUAAUGUGUAAAGUGUAUAUGAUUACAACCAGUAUUAAUCAAUUUACAAGUAGUAUGUUUUUAUUUAUAAUGAGCGCCGAUCGAUAUAUUGCUGUUUGUCAUCCAAUUUCAUCACCAAAAUUACGUACUCCAUUUAUUUCACGAAUUGUUGCUGCCGCAGCCUGGACAAUGAGUGCAUUAUUUAUGGUACCAAUAUCAAUCUAUUCAAAAACAAUAACAGUUGAAAAAACUACAUGCUUAAUUGUUUGGCCUAGUGAUAUGGGUAAUCCACAGAAAACAUUCACUUUAUAUUCCUUUAUAUUGGGUUUUGCAAUGCCAUUGACAAUGAUAUUAAUAUUUUAUUGUUUAGUGAUACAAAAAUUACAAACAGUGGGUCCAAAAAAUAAAUCGAAAGAGAAAAAACGAUCACAUCGUAAAGUUACUAAAUUAGUGUUAACUGUUAUCACUGUAUACGCAUUCUGUUGGUUCCCAUAUUGGAUAGCACAAAUGGCAUUAAUGUUUGGCCCUGAAACUGAAGAAUGUCAAUCACGUAUGACAGUGUUUUUCUUUUUGUUAACUGGUUGCUUAAGUUAUUCCAAUUCAGCAAUGAAUCCUGUGUUAUACGCAUUUUUAAGUGAUAAUUUCAAGAAGAGCUUUUUAAAAGCAUGUACAUGCGCAGCUGGUAAAGAUGUGAACGCAACAUUACAUAUGGAGAAUAGUGUAUUUCCACGACGGCAACAUAAAGCUAAUUCAGAUCGCUUAAAACCAGCAUUAGGUUCACAAGCAUGUCUGAAUCGUGGUGGUACUACUGGUAAUAGUGGAAAUGCUGGUACUAGUAACGAAGAUGAUGAUGGUGAACAAGGACCAUUAGUAAGCAAAGCAGAUCAUUCAACAUCAGCGAUGACAAUGACAUCACGGUCAAAUAUUACAAUAUCAACGGAUACAUCGAAAGAUGGAACUAGUAAAGAUGGUAGUUCGGUAUCAAAGAAUGGUGUUUUGUUGACAUUACAUCCUACUCAAGUGUAAAAAAUAAAUAAAAACUUAUAUUUAAAAGUGUCACCAUGUUAAGUUUUUACAAGAACAUAUGUCAACUUUCAUGUGGGAAUAUAAGUGAUUGAAAAAGGGA